AUUUUUUUUCUUUUCUUCAUAACCAACAAUGAGCAAAUUCAACCCGAACGCUGGUUCCUUCAUCCCAGGUGAUGGCAACCAGAAGUUCGCCAAGAACACCGCCGGUGGCGUGUCGUUCAAUGACUUUAUCUCUCAGCAGAAGGCGCAGAGACAGCCACUUGGAAAUAAGUUUGUCAAGAGCGUCGCAUCCCCAAUUCCUUCGAACGUGACUUCUCGGACCAACAGCGGUACCUCUACGCCAAUGUUGUCGUCCAACUCAUCGUCCACCUCUUUGGCUUCGCUUAACACUGCGUUGGGCAAGCUCGCACUCUCGCCACUCACACCGCACAUCGAGGCAAUCCACCAGGCUGGUUCCAUUUCGGAGGUCAGAGUCGAGAUUGACGCCAUUGUGGCGCUCAUUGCCGAGUACGGUGUGACGUUUGUGGAAGAGUGGGACCUUGCACAGGUGAUUAAAACCUUAUCCAAGGCCAAGAACCCGGCUUUGAUCCGCGAAGCCGCGGCGUUGAUCAUUUCCGCUCUUGCACGCCAGUUUUCCGGGGCCACCCCAGCCGAAGCGCACCUCGUGGCGUUCUUGCCUCUCGCGUUCGACCUCCUCGCCGACAAGGAGACGGCUGUCAAACGCGCGGCGCAGGCGGCGAUCGACGCGAUUAUGGGCCUUUUCCCUACCGAAGCCAACUCUUCAGUUGUCUUCCCAGCCUUACUCACCUAUCUCGGGUCUUCCGCCAAGUGGAACACCAAGUUGGCUGCGUUAAAGCUCUGUGACAAGAUCAUCGCCAACACUCCGGCGGACUUGAUUGAAAUUACGUUUGCCGACGGGAUCCCGAUCUUAACCGACGUUUCCACCGACUUUAAGCCAGAACUCGCCGCUGCCGGUCUCAAGACCCUUUCCUCUUACGUAAAGGUGCUCGACAACUUGGAUUUGCAGACCAGAUACGACGUUAUAGUGGAGACCUUGGCCGACCCUACCAAGAUCCCAGCCUGUAUCAAGGCCUUCUCCUCCGUCACGUUUGUUGCCGAAGUCACCGAGCCAGCCUUGGCGCUUUUGGUGCCGAUUUUAGACAAGUCGCUCAAGAUGUCUUCCUCCUCCCAGGACCAGUUGAGACAGACCGUGACCGUGACCGAAAACUUGACCCGUUUGGUCAACAACAAGCGUGAAAUCGAGAGAUACAUCCCGGUUUUAUUGCCAGGCAUCCGCAAGGUUGUCAACUCCGCCUCUCUUCCAGAGGUCAGAGAGUUGGGGGCCAAGGCGUUGCAGGUUUUGGAAGACGCCGAGGCCGAGCACUCCGACGGUAAGUUCCACGGGAGAAUCUCCCAGGAACAGGCUUCUGCAUACGUCCACGAAUCCUUCAAGGACGAUGAGCUUGUGUACAACUACCUUUCGGCAAUCAUUCAUCACGACGCUAACGUCAACGACUGGGUCAGAUUGAGAGAGUUCUUGGACAUGGCCGCGCCCUCCAGACUCGGCGAUGACGCUCCGGCGUACGUGGAGUCCGUCAUCUUCAAGCUCCGUGAGCUUUUCGUUCCAGAUGCCGUCAACCCUAACGCCGACGACGGUAUCGAGAUUGUCAACUCCGACUUUUCCCUUGCCUACGGCUCCAGAAUGUUGCUUAACAAGACCAAUUUGCGUUUGUUGAAGGGUCACAGAUACGGGUUGUGUGGGCGUAACGGUGCCGGUAAGUCCACCCUCAUGAGAUCCAUCGCUACCGGGAAGCUCGAAGGCUUCCCAGACAAGUCUGAGUUGCGCACGUGUUUCGUCGAGCACAAGUUGCAGGGUGAGGAGGGUGACAUGGACUUGGUUGCGUUCAUCGCGUCCGACGAGAACCUUCAGAGCGUCACCAGGGAGGAGAUCACAGCCGCGCUCCUCACCGUCGGUUUCCCAGAGGAGAGAUUGGCCCAGAAUGUGGGGGCGCUCUCGGGUGGGUGGAAGAUGAAGUUGGAGUUGGCCAGAGCCAUGUUGCUUAACGCCGAUGUCUUAUUGUUGGAUGAGCCUACUAACCACUUGGACGUUACCAACGUCAAGUGGUUGCAGGACUACUUGGUAGAACACACGGACAUCACUUCCCUCAUCGUUUCGCAUGACUCCGGCUUCCUCGACACCGUGUGUACCGACAUUAUCCACUACGAAAACAAGAAGCUUGCCUACUACAAGGGUAACUUGUCUGAGUUCGUCAAGGCCAAGCCAGAGGGUAAGUCUUACUACACUUUGACCGACUCCAACGUCAAGAUGGCCUUCCCCCCAGCCGGUAUUCUCACCGGUGUCAAAUCCUCCACUAGAGCCGUCGCCAGAAUGACGGAUGUGACGUUUGCCUACCCGGGGACCGUCAAGCCAUCGUUGAGCCACGUUUCGUGCUCGCUCUCCUUGUCCUCCAGAGUCGCCGUUCUCGGGCCAAACGGUGCGGGAAAGUCCACCCUCAUCAAGUUGUUGACCGGUGAGUUGAUGCCAAACGAGGGGCAUGUUGAAAAGCACCCUAACUUGAGAAUCGGGUACAUCGCACAGCACGCGUUGGCCCACGUCGAGACCCACAAGGAAAAGACCGCCAACCAGUACCUCCAGUGGAGAUACAAGUUCGGUGACGAUCGUGAGGUCUUGAUGAAGGAGUCCAGAAAGAUCUCCGCUGGCGAUGCUGAGAUGAUGGCCAAGCAGCUCGAUUUGAACGACAGCAGAGGCCCACGCGCUAUUGAGGCAAUUGUCGGGAGACAAAAGUUGAAGAAGUCGUUCCAGUAUGAAAUCAAGUGGAAGAACUGGAUUCCACGCUACAACUCGUGGUUGCCAAGAGAAACCUUGGUGGAUGAGGGUUUCGCAAAGUUGGUUCAGAAGUUUGAUGAUCACGAGGCCUCCAGAGAGGGAUUGGGGUACAGAGAGUUGACGCCAAAGGUGAUCAGAAAGCACUUCGAGGACGUUGGUCUUGACGGUGACAUUGCCGACCACACCCCAAUGGGCUCCUUGUCUGGUGGGCAGUUGGUCAAGGUUGUCAUCGCCGGUGCCAUGUGGAACAACCCACAUUUGUUGGUCUUGGACGAGCCUACCAACUACUUGGAUCGUGAUUCCCUCGGGGGGUUGGCGGUUGCCAUCAGAGACUGGAACGGUGGUGUCGUGAUGAUUUCCCACAACAACGAGUUUGUUGGUGCCUUGUGCCCAGAACAGUGGAUUGUGGAGAACGGUGAGGUUGUCCAGAAGGGGACUUUGCAGAUCGACACUGCCAGAUUUGAGGAUGGUGGUGAGUCGGCUGCUGCCAAGCCAGAGUCCAAGGCCAGAGCGGAUGAUAAUGACUCCCCUGCCAAUAUCAAGGUCAGACAGAGAAAGAAGAAGAUGACCAGAAACGAAAAGAAGUUGCAGGAGGAGAGAAGACGUUUGAGACACAUUAACUGGUUGAACACGCCAAAGGGUACGCCAAAGCCACCUGACACCGAUGAUGAAUCGGAAUAAGCGAUACAUUCUAGCAUCAGUUCAUUUCGUUUUUUUUUUGUUUCAGGGUUUCACUAUUUUUUUUUUUGAUUUACUUCCGGUACUGUACUCUAUUUUCCGCGUGUGACGC